AUGUCUUCAGUGUCUCUGGAUCAUUACUAUUACCUGGCCUCUGAUUUAGAAGAAGAGAGGAUUAAAGGAGCUAGUAGUCUUCUUAAAGAGCUUGUGGAGGCUGACAAUCAAAAAGACUACGACUACGCCUUGAAUCGAUUGAUUAAAGGACUUAGUUCAGAGAGAGCGUCCUCCAGAGUUGGUUUUUCCUUGGCUCUAUCGGAGUUGAUUGUUCUACUUAUAGGCAGAGGGGAUAUAACUGUCGAAUCAUAUUUGAACGAGCUGUAUAAAGUACUGGAGAAAGUAGCACCUAAUAAACACGGGAAGAUCGACAAACAGACGUUGUUUGGAAAAUUAUUCGGCAUCCAGGCCCUGUUGAACUCGAAGAUUGUGAAAAAUGACGAUUAUUCGACUCUAAAGAUGAUAUUAAGACGAUUGCUGAAAUUAAGUUCCACCAAACCUUGGUUAAGGGAAACUUGUUUCAGUACUAUCUGCAGUCUAUUAGUUCAGUAUGAUCUAGUUAAAGACUUCGAAAUCAUCAACUAUUUGUUAAGCACGUUGCUUGAGAAUAAGGUCAUUUUAUCCCUAGAAGGUAUUUUAGUGCAUUUGACUAUUCCAUGGAAAGCUAGGUCGAAAUUAGUUCUUUCUACGGAUGCAUACAAGCAAAAUGGAGACCAACUUUGGAGUCAAGGUAACCCUUUAAUGGUGAAAAAUUUACCUCAGUUGAGUUUGGUACUAAGACAAGGCGCUGUUGAUGAAGAUCAGAAGGGAAAACAAAGGGGAUGGACUCCAAAUUUGCACACUGUCUGGACUUUGAUUAUAGAUGAACUUAUAAACACUUCCAUUGAUGAACCACCAAAGAAGAAAAAGAAGAGCAAGGAAAGAGCAGCCGAUAAAGAAGAAAGACUGACUCUUGAGAGAUUCUGGGCACCCAUUAUUGAUGAAAAUUUCUUCAGUAGUGAUUCUUCCUCUCAAAAAAAGUAUUGGGGUUUCUCUGUUCUUUUGGCUGUCUUAGAACAUAAGGACCUAAAGCCUUCCCACGUGAAAUUUUUAUUCUCUCCAAACUUAAUGGCUAAUCUAAUCCAUCAAAGUGCAAAUAAUGAUAGACAGCUCAACAAGAUGGCUAGAAAGGUUCUGGCUAGAAUCUGUGAAAUUUGUAAAGAAGCAGAGUUUGUCGUUCCAACUUUGAAAACUCUGCUUCGUCACAAUGUCAAAUUUGAUCGUAUGAGCAAGACCAAAACAAUUUCAACAAUAAUUGACAACAGCGAUGGAUUUGUGAUGGAUGAAGUAACGGACUUUAUCAUCAAUUGGGCCAACACACUACAGCCCGAUUAUGCUAACUUCCUUCAAGAUUAUCUAUCUAUACUAGAUCAAUUGCUUCAUUUUGUGAGAGAUAAAAAGGGAUCUUUAUCCACCACCAACAUUACCUGGGUUCAAAAUAUUGUUGAUCAUUUAAUUAAGGUUUCUUUUUUCAAAGUUCCCAACACUCAAGAGUUUGAGGCUAUAUCAAAUACGGCAUAUGAAAGAUUGAUCUCCAUUCUCAGUGAAGUGCUUUCUCAACCUCCGACUGAUGGUAGCAGUUGGCCCACUUAUAUUGUCAAUAAAUUGGUUGAUUUGGAAAAGAACUCCGGCUUACAGCUGCGUCAUAGCCUGGACGACGAGUUGGAACAGUUCAAAACAGAGGGGCUUGAAAUUCUAUCCACCCUUGAAGAGCAACUGAAGGACAUUUCUGAUGAAAAAAAAGCUAUGCAUAUUGUUUGUUUCCAGAUAUUGUACAGUCUGGCAAUUCUCAAUGUCUUCGCCGGAGAUGCCGACUCCAUUAAUAUGAUUCAAGAUAUCAGCACUGCAUAUGACAAGAUGGUUUCGAAUGAGGAGCGCGUUGGGGUUGAAAUUUUGGUUGAGAUUAUUGUCUCUUUUGUAUCUCAGGACUCUUCCUUGAUGAAGAAGCUGGCAUUGGUAGUCUGGGAGCAUAUUGUUAAUGAGGUUGAACUUUCACACUUGCAAUCUUUGUUUGAUAUUUUGAAGGUUCAAGAGAACCAAGAAGGUAAGGAAAAACUGUUCGAUAAUAAGAAUGAAGAGGUGGAGGACGAAGACGAGGACGAGGGCGAAGGAGAAGAUGGGGAUGACAACGAAAAUGGAGAAGAAGACCGGGAAAGUGUUAAGGGCGAGGUCAGCAUAGAUGAAAUCGACAAGAAAACCAAUGAAGCUUUAGCAAAAGUGCUGGGGCUAUCUUCAAAAGUAGCGGAGCAACACGAGACAAAUUCUGGUCAAAACUCAUCCUACGAAGAAGAUUCUGAGGAUGUGUCUAUGGACGAUGAGCAAAUGAUGGCUAUCGACGCAACGCUGGCAAACAUCUUCAAGGAACGUCAACAUGCACUGAUAUCUCAAGGAAACGGUAAGAAAAAGCAACAAAAACAGGACAAGGACACCGUAGUGUUUCUCAAAGGAAGAAUUUUGGAUAUGUUGGACACUUUUGUCAGCAAACGAAGUACAGACCUAUUAAACGUCGAAAUAGUUAUGCCAUUAUUGAAUUUGAUGGCCAGAACUAACACUUUGCAGCUUGGAGAAAAAGCACAUAAACUGUUAAAGACUAAGGUCUGCCGAGCCCGGAUUGAAGUUAAGCUGUCUGAUGAGCAAAUCUUUGACUUGAAAAGAACUUUGGAUCAGAUUCAACGGUUUGCAUCUAAAUCGACAAUCAAAGCCGUUAGCAAUGGCUGCAACCAGUCAUCCAUCUUUAUCGUAAAGACGUUAUUAAGUGGGUCGCCAGAUCCGGAUGCUCUUAUUGAGGAUAUCUUGAAGAUCUACACUAUGAGCCUUCUAAACUGGUACAGAACUCCAGGAAACAAGACUCAGCCGGGGAUGUUUUUUGAUCUGAUCAAUUGGCUAUAUAGUAAGAAAAGGUAA